AUGGGAUCUCUUGAAGAAACCUGUGCUUCCCUGCGAGCGCAAAUCGCAGCAACAGAAGUGCAACUCGCCAGACUCAAGCGCGACCUCGCGGACGCGGAGAGCGCCGCGAUAAAAUCGGAGACCCCAGCCCCUGCGGAGAACAUCCAACCCACCCAGAACGGCGGACAUAGACGGUGGCCAUUACUCCAGGAGGAGUAUCGACGCUAUGGGCGACAGAUGAUCGUGUCGCAGGUCGGUCUGCAAGGUCAACUUAAACUCCGAUCGGCGAAGGUUCUACUCGUCGGGGCAGGGGGACUGGGAUGCCCCGCUGCGCAGUAUCUGGCUGGGGCUGGGGUGGGCACCAUUGGAAUGAUUGACGGGGAUACGGUUGAGGUUUCGAACCUGCAUCGCCAGGUGCUGCAUCGGGGGAAGAAUGUGGGGAAAUACAAGGUGGACAGUGCGAUUGAGUUUCUGAAAGAGCUCAAUCCGCACCCGACGUACAUUGCGCACCGAACACAUCUCAUGCCCGCCGAGGCACCAGCAAUCUUCAGUGGAUAUGAUCUCAUUCUCGACUGCACAGAUAACCCGGCAACCCGCUACUUGAUUUCAGACACCGCAGUGCUUCUCGGUAAACCACUGGUUUCCGCCUCCGCCUUACGAACCGAGGGCCAAUUGAUGGUGCUGAACAACCCCCACGGAUGCCGGGAGACAAGACAGGAGGACCAUGUUAUCGAUGCGUGUUCCCCAAACCACCACCGGCUGAUAGCGUGGUCAGUUGUGCAGAUGGCGGCGCUGGAGGCGAUCAAGGUCAUCACUGCGCCGACUGUUGAUGAUCCAAUAGACGGAGCUGCAACACGGCCGUGCGAUCCCCCGGCUCUGCAUAUCUUUUCUGCGUACUCGACUCCGCAAUUCCGCACGAUCCGUCUUCGGUCUCGCCGUCCUAGUUGUGCGGUAUGCUCCGCCGAGGCGAGUGUCACUCGGGAUACAAUUACUUCGGGGUCGACCGACUAUGUGUUUUUCUGUGGCUCUGCCAACCCGGGGUCACUACUUGAUCCGGAGGAACGCAUCUCGGCUCGAGAGUAUUCUGAACGACACCCGCAACCGCUGUCUCUAGGAAAUGACUCGCCUAAUCGGCCGGCCGGAAAGGGAGUACAUACGAUCAUUGAUGUGCGAGAUAAGGCGCAGUUUGAAAUCUGCAGUCUUGCAAACAGUAUCAAUAUUCCCAUAUCGAGUAUUUUGUCUUCAAUGCCUCCGCCUAUCCACCAGAAUGGGGACACUGAAGCACCCAGCCAACUUCCUUCCUGGAUUCCCCCAGAGCUUGCCUCGGCGAAUUCUACAACUCCUAUAUACGUGGUAUGUCGACUUGGGAAUGACUCGCAGGUGGCAGUCCAGAAAAUGAAAGAACUAGGACUGCAUCACGGCGGGCAGCGGUUUGUCGGCGACAUCCGCGGGGGCUUUCGAGCAUGGCGCGAGCAGGUGGACCCUGAAUGGCCAGAAUACUGA